UUUUGUGCAGAUAUAUGAGGAGAAGUACCACCCGCGUCAGAUUACUCAGUGCGUGUGCGCGCGGUGGAGAGCUUUGCACUUGCAGAGAGAAGAUUGGGAACACAAGGUCUGCACUUUCCUCGCCGCCUGUUUGCGUGUCCACUUCUUGCCACGACCAGCAAAGUUGCCGAGAAAAGGAGAGAAAGAAGCCCCGCAGCUGUCAUCAUGGAGGUGAUUAGAAGAUCUGGACGUGCGUCUCUGGCCUGCACCUUGCUGCUCUGCACACUGCAAAUCUGCCGUGCGUCCGUGAGCGUGCAGGUGUCCCCGAAAGUGGAAGUGCUGAAAGACGCCAACGCCAAGAUGCCCUGCACGUACACCGUGUCAGCGUCCUCCAGCAACACCGUGGUGGAGUGGCAGUUCGAGGAGCAGGGAAUCAGGAAGCGAGUCGCUUACCGCACCGAGGGUGGCGAGACUAAAAGCGAGCAGGGCACCCCGCUGAGCGGCCGGGUGAGCGUCGACGAGGACUUCGCUCUGACCAUCACGUCGGUCAGACCCUCCGACGAGCUGGUCUACAUCUGCCAGGUCACCGCCGGACCUCAUGGCACCGGAGAAGCCGCAACUAACCUCAAAGUAUUCUUUGCCCCUGAGAAGCCAGACCUCACACGCCCAUCCAGUCAAGCCAUUUCCGUGGGAGAGACCACCAGCUCUGAGAUCGGGACCUGCGUGACGAUGAACGGACACCCCCUGCCGAGGAUCAUCUGGUUCAAAGACGGCCAACCGCUUCCUGAGGUCAAAGACCGGAAAGAAAAAACCUACAUGAUUCCCGCGGUGGUGAAGGAGGCGUCGGGUCUGUACACCAUCAAGAGCACCUUGUACAUGCAGCCCACCAAGGCCGACAAGGACUCGGUGUUCCAGUGCACGGUGGAGUACAGCAUGCUGGGGGACCAGAUCAAGCAGACCAAGUCCGACCCCAUCACUAUCAACCUCAACUAUCCCUCGGAAACUGCGACCUUUACCCUCCAGAACACUCUUCCCGUCAAGGAGGGCGAUAACGUCACCAUGCUGUGCGAGACCGACGGGAACCCUCAGCCGGAGUUUGACUUCACCAAAGAUGGUAAAUCCGUGAACGGUCUUGGCGGGGUCCUGAUGCUGAAAUCCGCCAAGCGGACCGACGGCGGCGUGUACAAGUGCACGGCCACCGACUUCGACAACAUCGACGCCGACCUCACGGGAGAGAUCAACCUGAGCGUGCACUACAUUGAUCCCAUGAGCGUGACUCCAGUGGAGCCUCAGGUCGUCAUGCUUGGAGACAAAGUGGAGUGGCAGUGCAAGACCAAGGCCUCUGCCCCGCACACCGUGCAAUGGAAAAAGGGCUCUGAGGUCCUCUCUCAGGAUGGAACUCUCUCCAUACAGGACGUGUCCUACACUAAAGCUGGAGAGUACUUGUGUGUCGGAGCCAUGCCGUCGGUGCCGGGACUGACAGCCCAGUCCAGCGUCACCCUCGCUGUCAAAGGAAAACCAAUGAUCGAGACGCCCGUGACUGGAGAAGUGUCCAAGGAAGGAGACAUGGUGUCCCUCAGGUGCUCGGCCUACGGCUCCCCCGCCCCUCAGUUCACCUGGAAGCCCUCGGGAAAAGAGUCAGUGACGGUGGAGGGCAUCAAGGUGGUGAGCACCGUCGUCCUCCCGGCCACCGCCGACGUCAUGAAGGGCGGCGUCACCUGCGAGGUCGCCAACGAGCACGGAACAGAUAGCAAGGCCUUCGUCGUCUCUCUCAAAAGAGCUUUUGACAACUCCGCCAACAGAGUGCUGCUCUCCGGAAACCCUGUGCUUAAGUCAGCCGACCAGCAGCAGGGAGGUUCCAGCGCGGUGGUGAUAGCCGUGGUGGUGUGUGUGCUGCUGCUUCUGCUGCUCGUGGGCCUCAUCUACUGCCUGAACAAGAAGAGCAAGCUGCCCUGCGGCAAGAAGGACAAGAUGGAAGUGGCGAGUGGAGAAGUGAACAAUGACAUUGUUGUGGAGAUGAAGAGCGACAAGGCCAAUGAAGAAGCCGGACUCCUCAACAAGAGGCCUCCCUCAGAACAGUGAUGAAAGAAGACGGACGGGAUGAUUAUCUGGAAGGAGGUGGGGGACAUGCGCAGCUGGCUUGGAUUCAGGGGGACUCCGGGGUGCUUAAUCCAACCCCCGAAAAGACGCCUUUAGAGAGCACACAACCAAUCACACCUUUGGGGUGACUCCUCGGCAGAGGAACGCGGUCCCACACCUACCAAAAAAUAAUAAUAAUUAAAAAAAGCAGUACUUUUUUUCUAAUCUACCCCAAACACAAGUUGAGUCUGCUAUUAAGGUGUGUCCUGCAGGUCUUCUGCCUGGCGAGUCUGUACUUAAAUCAUCUCUUUGGGGACAAAUCAUGUUUUGUUUGUGUUUUUCCUCACAACUUUUCAACUCACCACUCGGGGCUUCUGAAAAAUAUCACUUCUUUGUUUGUUUGAUGGCAUCACAAAGUGAAAACGGACAAAAGUACCGGGUCAGCCGCAGGUAGAUGGUGAAAAGCUAGCCCCGCCCUGCUUUAAAGGCCGCUUGGGGAGUUUUGGGUGGAGUUACUUCUCACUAGGGCUGGGCGAUACGGACUUUUAUUAAUCUCUCGAUAUUUUUAGUCCACGAUACACAUUAUAUAUCUCCAUAUUUUGCCUUAGCCUUGAAUGAACACUUGAUGAUUCUAUGUGUCUACAGCAGGGGUCACCAACCUUUUUGAAACCAAGAGCUAUUCUCGGGUUCUGAUUAAUGCGAAGGGCUACCAGUUUGAUACACACUUAAAUAAAUUGCCAGUAAUAGCCAAUUUGCUCACCUUACCUUUAAUAAAUAAAUCUAUAUAUAUAUAUAAAAAAAAUGGGUAUUUCUGUCUGUCAUUCCGUCGUACAUUGGGCCGUAGUUUGGGGCCCCUUCUUCUAGCGGGUGACUUUUCCAAUGAUGCUACAUUAGCAGUGCUGGUUCUUUUUGUUGCGACGCUUUUGCCGCAUGAACGUUCAACAUCUUCCCGCUUGAAGCCAAACCAACGCCAGACGAUGGACCCCCUGCUGGUUUUCUUGGGAAUUAAUACUUCCUUCAUUUGUUACCAGAUUUGCAUCUUCUCUCUCUAUCUCUCGUAUUACCACUCGCAGAAGCAGAGACAGGAAAGAGUGAGAGGAGCCUGUAGUGUAAUGCUCGCAGCUAAAAGCAACUGUGUGAUAACAUAUACUCCAAUAUCACCGUAUAGUCAUUUUCUAUAUCGCAGAGAGACGAAGCCGCGAUACAUCGAGUAUAUUCCAUAUAUCGCCCAGUCCUACUCCACACCAAACUCCUCCAAUAUAGAUUUGUUCAACAAGGCAUUCGAAAAAAAAUCUAAGACUUCUCUUGGUAGAUGAAGAAAUGGAUGCAGGGGUUUGUCCCAAUACUUUUGUCCAGGCUAUCAUUAUUGUAUGUGGCAAUCCCAAAAAUUUUUACGCAUACCACUCAUAACCCAGGGGGCCUACAGAAAAUGUAAGGAUGCUAAUGUUAGCAUGCUAACUUUUUGAGCUAGCUUUGCAACCGCUUACCCCGGAGUCAUGUAACUUGGUAUGUGACACUCGGUGACUGUUAGCAUGCAAACGAUAGCAUGCUAACCUUUUCAUCUAAUUUUCAUCUUUUUUUUCUAUUUCCGCUGUUAGCAUGCAAAUGGCAGCAUGCUAAUUUUUUCAUGUAAUUUUCAUCUUCUUUUUAGUUUUUUCCAUUUCCCCAGCCAUACACCUUAGAGUCAUAUAACAUGCUAACUAUUAUAAUACUCGCGUUAGCUUUCAAGGAUGCUAACGUUAGCAUGCUAACUUUUUGAGCUAGUUUUGCAACUGCUUACCCCAGAGUCAUGUAACUUGGUAUGUGACACUCGGUGACUGUUAGCAUGCAAACGAUAGCAUGCUAACCUUUUCAUCUAAUUUUCAUCUUUUUUUUCUAUUUCCGCUGUUAGCAUGAAAAUGGCAGCAUGCUAAUUUUUUCAUGUAAUUUUCCUCUUCUUUUUAGUUUUUUCCAUUUCCCCAGCCAUACACCUUAGAGUCAUAUAACAUGCUAACUAUUAUCAUACUCGUGUUAGCUUUCAAGGAUGCUAACGUUAGCAUGCUAACUUUUUGAGAUAGCUUUGCAACCGCUUACCCCAGAGUCAUGUAACUUGGUAUGUGACACUCGGUGACUGUUAGCAUGCAAACGAUAGCAUGCUAACCUUUUCAUCUAAUUUUCAUCUUUUUUUUCUAUUUCCGCUGUUAGCAUGGAAAUGGCAGCAUGCUAAUUUUUUCAUGUAAUUUUCAUCUUCUUUUUAGUUUUUUCCAUUUCCCCAGCCAUACACCUUAGAGUCAUAUAACAUGCUAACUAUUAUAAUACUCGCGUUAGCUUUCAAGGAUGCUAACGUUAGCAUGCUAACUUUUUGAGCUAGUUUUGCAACUGCUUACCCCAGAGUCAUGUAACUUGGUAUGUGACACUCGGUGACUGUUAGCAUGCAAACGAUAGCAUGCUAACCUUUUCAUCUAAUUUUCAUCUUUUUUUUCUAUUUCCGCUGUUAGCAUGGAAAUGGCAGCAUGCUAAUUUUUUCAUGUAAUUUUCCUCUUCUUUUUAGUUUUUUCCAUUUCCCCAGCCAUACACCUUAGAGUCAUAUAACAUGCUAACUAUUAUCAUACUCGUGUUAGCUUUCAAGGAUGCUAACGUUAGCAUGCUAACUUUUUGAGAUAGCUUUGCAACCGCUUACCCCAGAGUCAUGUAACUUGGUAUGUGACACUCGGUGACUGUUAGCAUGCUAACCUUUUCAUCUAAUUUUCAUCUUUUUACAUUUUUUUUCUAUUUCCGCUGUUAGCAUGCAAACGAUAGCAUGCUAACUUUUUCAUCUAAUUUUCAUCUUCAUUUUAGUUUUUUUUCCAUUUCCCCAGCCAUACACCUUAGAGUCAUAUAGCAUGCUAACUAUUAUCAGACUCGCCUUAGCUUGCAAGGAUGCUAAUGUUAGCGUGCUAACAUUUUGAGCUAGUUGUGCUGUGCAACCGCUUACCCGAGAGUCAUGUAACUUGGUAUGUGACACUCGGUGACUGUUAGCAUGAUAGCAGUGUGCGGCCCUCUGUGAAAAAAGUUUGGACACCCCUGUUCUACUGUAUUUUUUUUUUAUUUUUUUUUAUAGAGUAUGUCCUAUGUUCUCUUUACAGAAGUCCAAAACUUGUAGUGCUCUAAAAAGGUGUGUUCACACUUACCUCAUUCCCAAUCCAAAUCCUUAUUUUAUGCAUAAAUGCUUUACUUUGGUCCCAUGGCAAAAUUUUGCUUAGCAAACCGCACAAAAGUUGUGCACCAAAUAUAUAUUUGUUGCAAACCCCGGCGUCAGCUGCAAGGUAGCCCUAAUGCAGGCCUGGGCAAAUUAAGGCCCGGGGGCCACAUGCGGCCCUUUAAGCUUUUCAAUCUGGCCCACCGGACAUUUCCACAAAAAUUUUUAAAUCUUUAAGAUGGAAAAGUUAUGAUGUGCACUCAUGCUUUCUAAUGCCUGUAAGUCUUCAAGUAUACGAGAGGGUGUGUGACCUUCGUGUGUAGUCAAUAUUCAGUGUUUUAUCCGUCAUAGUUAACAUUGUAAAACCCACAUUCUUUGUUUUCAUGUACAUUCUGGGUGUCUCGUUCAGUAAAAAAUGUUUUAAAGAUGGUCAUUUAGCAUUCAAUCAGGCAUUAUUGUGAGGUUUUGUAUUAGCGUUCCUAAAAAUAGAUAUAACUGCAUACUUGCCAACCCUCCCGGAUCUUCCGGGAGACUCCUGAAAUUCAGCGCCUCUCCCGAAAAUGUCCCGAAAGUCAGGCUUAUCUGGAGGCCACGCCCCCUCAAGCUCCACGCGGACCCGAGUGACGUGUCGACCGCCUGUUUUCACGUCCGCUUUCCCACAAUAUAAACAGCCAGCCUGCCCAAUGACGUUAUAACUGUAGAAUGAUCGAGGGCGAGUUCUUGGUUUCUUAUGUGGGUUUAUUGUUAGGCAGUUUCAUUAACGUCCUCCCAGCGCGGCAACAACACACAACAACAGCAGUCACGUUUUCGUCUACCGUAAAGCAGUUUGUCUGCCGUAAACAGCAAUGUUGUGACCCUCUUAAACAGGACAAUACUGCCAUCUACUGUACAUGCAUAUGUGACAAUAACAUCUACGGCUUUUAGAGGAGGGGUUCUCAACCUUUUUUCAGUGAUGUACCACCUGUGAACAUUUUUUUUAAUUCAAGUACCCCCUAAUCAGAGCAAAGCAUUUUUGGUUAAAUAAAAAAAGAUAAAGAAGUAAAAUACAGCACUAUGUCAUCAGUUUUUGAUUUUUUAUAUUGUAUGACAGUGCAAAAUAUUGCUCAUUUGUAGUGGUCUGUCUUGAACUAUUUGGAAAAAAAAGAAAAUAACUAAAAACUUGUUGAAAAAUAAACAAGUGAUUCAAUUAUAAAUAAAGAUUUCCACACAUACUGCGAUGAGGUGGCGACUUGUCCAGGGUGUACCCCGCCUUCCGCCCGAUUGUAGCUGAGAUAGGCACCAGCGCCCCCCGCGACCCCAAAGGGAAUAAGCGGUAGGAAAUGGAUGGAUGGAUAGCUGUAAAUAUACUCCUUCCCUCUUAAAGGGGAACAUUAUCACAAUUUCAAAAGGGUUAAAAACAAUAAAAAUCAGUUCCCAGUGGCUUGUUGUAUUUUUUGAAGUUUUUUUCAAAAUUUUACCGGUCUCGGAAUAUCCCUAAAUAAAGCUUUAAAGUGCCUUAUUUUCGCUCUCUGCGAAGACACUGGCCAUUUCCCUGUGACGUCACACAGUGCUGCCAAUGUAAACAAACAAUGGGAAUACCACAGCAAGAUAUAGCGACAUUAGCUCGGAUUCAAACUCGGAUUUCAGCGACUUAAGCGAUUCAACAGAUUACGCAUGUAUUGAAACAGAUGGUUGGAGUAUGAAAGUAUUGGAGAAGAAACUGAAGCUAUUGAGCGAAUUCAUAGUCAUAGCAUGGCCGAAUAGCUGCGUUAGCAUCGCCGGUAAAAUGUGCGGACCAAACGAUCAGGACUUUCGCAUCUUUUGACACCGGCGCAACUUAAAUCCGUCGAUUGGUAAGUGUUUGUUUCGCAUUAAAUGUGGGUGGAAGGAAACGUAAUAUAGUUGCAAAUGCAUCUACAGGUUAUCCAUAGAUCUCUGUGCCAUGUCUGCUUUAGCACCGCCGGUAAAUAGCAUGUUAGCAUCGAUGAGCGUAGCAUGUUAGCAUCGAUUAGCUGGCAGUCAACAUCAACAAAACUCGUUGACUAUCGUGGCAAAUGCAUCUGCAGGUUAUCCAUACAUCUCUGUGCCAUGUCUGUCUUAGAAUCGCCGGUCAAAUGUGGAGACACUCUAGCACGUUCAAUGGGGGUCUGGCGGAAGACACUUUGGCAUCUUCGGGCCAGUGGUGCAACUUGAAUCCCUCCCUGUUAGUGUUGUUACACCCUCCGACAACACACCCACGAGGCAUGAUGUCUCCAAGGUUCCAAAAAAUAGUCAAAAAACGGAAAAUAACAGAGCUGAGACCCGGUGUUUGUAAUGUGAAAAUGAAAAUGGUGGGUGUGUUACCUCGGUGACGUCACAUUCUGAUGUCAUCGCCUCCAGCGCGAUAAACAGAAAGGCGUUUAAUUCGCCAAAAUUCACCCAUUUAGAGUUCGGAAAUCAGUUCAAAAAAUAUAUGGUCUUUUUUCUGCACCAUCAAUGUAUAUAUUGACGCUUACAUAGGUCUGCUGAUAAUGUUCCCCUUUAACCACGCCCCGCCCCCAACUCCCGACCACGCCCCCCACCAUUUACCUCCGGAAAUCGGAGGUCUCAAGGUUGGCAAGUAUGUAUACCGGCCCCCCAGAACACAUUGAUUUCUCUAAAUUUGGCCCCCGAGUCCAAAUAAUUGCCCAGGUCUGCUGUGAUGGGAGCUAUUUCUCCGCCGCUAGAAGAAUAAAAGCAUUCAAAAGCCCCAAUUUCCUGCCAGCAAGACAAAAUAGCUUGACAUUGAGGCUUGGAGGAGGAAAUGUUGCACACUUUCUGGUUAUUUCAGUGACAUUUAAAAAGUUGGAUGAAGAAGUCAGUGCAAGGAAGGGAACACAUUUGGGUUUUUUCUUGCUGUUUUUCUUUGUCCUGUUUUUCUUUCUUUUUUUUUUUACUACACAGCAAGUAUGGUAAAGGAUGUGGGUCUAUAUAUAUUAUUUUUGGUAGCGAUGCUUGACGUGGCCUUUGACUUGUGUUGUUGUACACUGGAAUGAAUGGCUUUGAGUUGAUAUAACAUUUAAAAAAUGACACAAAAGGUGACUUCUAACUACUAUCAGAGGUUUGUUUUGUAUUUCCAUGUCUUCACUACUGAUCUUGCCUCAAAAACCUUUGACUGUUAGCCAAGCUUUUUUGUUUUGAGUCGAGGUUUUCUAGCAGGGGUGUGAAAGCUUCAGUUCCCGGGCCCUAGAAAGCUCUCCACUGCUUUUAAUCCAACAUACUUAAGUUCUUUUAUUUUUCAAAACCUGUUUAUAAAAAGCCCAAACUAAUUAAAGCCAAAUGCUCACAAUGUGUUUUUUAAAUCAAUGUCAUUGCAAGGCCAUCAGAGGACUGAUCAGCCGAAGGUUUCUCACCUGUGCUUUAUUAUAAAUAUGAAAAAAAAAAAUGAAAAAAAAAAUUGUUAAGUUUGGAACUACUGACUUGUCAUUUUUCAGCUAGCAGAAUGUUUUUUUUAAGAUUAUUUUUUACUGCUUUGCUUCCUCUACUGUAAACUGUAUAUUUUGUGGUACGCUCUUGUGGUGUGUUGAUGUAUCUUUUUUUUUAUUUUUAUUAUUAUAUUGUUAUUAUUUUUUUCUGGCUGUGUAGAAUUUAUAAUGAAAACUGUCAAAAAAAAACAAAAA